AUGGGUGGUUUUCAUGGAGUAGUAGGAACUCAAGACAUUGGGAAGAUCCAUCAUGUCACAGAAAAACUCGUCGCUUUUGAAUAUGUUGAGCCAAAUGCUCCUGAAAAGCCGCACAGCUUGAUCUUUGUAGGCGGGCUCGGAGAUGGCCUCACCACUGUGCCAUUCCUGAAAGAUAUUGCGGCCGCACUCGAGCCGACACAAUGGUCCUUAUUCUCAUUCAUUCUCAGCUCAUCGUAUGAGAGUUGGGGUUUCGGUCGAUUGGGCCAGGAUGCUGAAGACAUCGCGCAAUGCGUGGAGUACAUCUCAGAGUACAAGAAGGCAUUGUCGCAGGCAAGCCAAACUGCCAGAGCUCGUAAGGUUGUAAUCAUGGGUCACUCGACAGGCAGCCAGGAUGUUCUGCAUUACCUAUAUUCUCCAAAUCCAACACCCAUCGACCCGGUGUUUGAUAACGGCCUACGUCAUAUCCUUCGACCUGCAGUUGACGGGGCCAUUUUACAAGCCCCCGUUUCUGAUCGAGAGGGCAUCUUGGAUGCGAUCACUGAUGAAAAUGGCAAAUUCCGCGAUGCCGAAGUUCACGGCGCCUAUUUGCAACUCAUUGAGAUGGCAAAGACAUGUACAUUUUCGGAUGGGAACAAGCACGACGUGUUACUGCCUCUAGCUUUGACUAGCAAACUGGGGUAUUCGCCGGUGCCUAUCACAGCAAGGCGCUUUCUGAGUCUUGUUGCACCAGAUGCGCCCGAAAAUCCUGGAGAAGAUGACCUUUUCAGUUCGGAUCUAUCUGAUAAGAGGCUAGACGAGACAUUUGGAAUGAUCCUGGCGAGAGACCUGCUCAAACACAAGCUUUUGGUCUUGUAUUCAGGCAAUGAUCAACACGUCCCCAAAUCUGUGGACAAGGGUAAGCUAUUGCAACGCUGGAGGGCGGCUACAGAUAAGUCAAUCAGAAAGAUCUGGGAUGACGAACACAGUGGCGUUGUCCCUGGAGCUUCUCACAACGUUGGUGGCGAAGACGAAGGCGAGGCGAGGGCGGAUCUAGCUGCUCGAGUGAAGGCAUACUUGGAAGACGUCAGGUCAUCCACAUAA